AUGGACGCUCAGGAGUUGAGACAGAGACUCAACGAUCUGAAAGAUCUGGCCGACUUCCGUCCAAUCGAGCACAGCGCCCAGAACAAAGAGAAUGGACCAGAGAGUCAUGAAGAUUCUCGCUUUGAAGAUCCAGGCAUGAAGACGGUGCUCGAAAAGUAUGUGCCUCGCUUUGAGGCUACAUGGUCCGAAAGGCAAGAUGCCUGGGACGGAAAGUUGAAUUUGAGCAACUAUGUCAAAUUGUCCAGACAGCACAAGACGGAUCUCAACACAGACCACCUUUGCUGGUUGACCGUGCAGGCCAACCUUGUCCCUGGUCGCGACAAAGACAUCAUACUCAACAUCCCGGUAUUUUGGUUCAUGCAGUUCUACCCAUGGUGUCUAAGACCAUACAAGGAAACAUACCGCCUGUUUGUCGGUCACCUGGCCACAUACAAAGAUGAGUGCGAAGCUUGGCACGAGCCGCUCAACAUAAUCUUCGAGCUCAACAACAUGAAGAUGAACGACAAAGAAACUACCGAAGCCGUGGCCAGGUGGCAAGAUGCUCACAUCCUCGCUGUUGCCAAAGUUCUGGCUCGCUUUUUGGGACUUGUGUGCGACCGUCAUCCUGAGGAUGAUCACAAGCUCUAUCGAAUUCAUGGAGGUUGGAAGAAGUUUCCUUUCGCCGAUCGUGAGGAAGAUCGCGACGAAAAUCCAUACCAGAAGUUCACCGCCUUCCUCAACAGUGGAGACCAAGGUGAACUAAGCGAUGGAGAUGACGAGGGAGUCGACGAAGACGAGACAGGAUACUUCAAUGGAAUCGAUGACGACAAGCCCACGCCUGAGGAGCUUGCAGCAGCGAACAACGACCCUGCUAAAAGAUACACAGUUGACAAGGCGUCCUCAUCCAUCUAUGCUUUAACAUCAACGAAUGACCGUACCGCCCCAACUUUCAUCCUCAAACGUGAUAUCAGACACUCUGUUGUAUCAUUUCGGGGAGUAGUUACGAGUUGA